GAGCGUAGGCGAUCUUCGGCGGAGCUAGCCGGCUAACAGCUAACGCGUAGAGACGCCAUUAGUUGGGUGAAAACCAGGCGUUCGCAUCAGAUCGAAAGGGGAUUUAUUCCACAGUUUAGACCCAUUUGUCUCACAUCUGUUGGUCGAUAUUCAUAAACGUCGGAUUCUCUGAUGCUGUCGAGGUGUUUUUCUCCUGAUUUUUAGCUGUUUUUUAAAGUCGGAAGCCGAUGUGAGCUACGCAGGACUUCAGUUCCGACGGGGGUUAGCAUUAGCAGGGCUAGCUUGACAUCGCUUGUUUUGAUAAACGCUGAUAAAUUAGUUUAAUAUAACUUCCAGCCAUGGCGGCCGGAGGGGCGGGCGGCAACAGCGGCAAGACCUACUCCUUCAAGGUGGUGCUGCUGGGGGAAGGCUGCGUGGGGAAGACGUCGCUGGUGCUCCGAUACUGCGAAAACAAAUUCAACGACAAACACAUCACAACUCUACAGGCGUCCUUCCUCACAAAGAAGCUCAACAUCACAGGAAAGAGAGUGAACCUGGCCAUAUGGGACACAGCAGGUCAGGAGCGUUUCCAUGCGUUAGGUCCCAUCUACUACAGAGACUCCAAUGGAGCCGUACUAGUGUACGACAUCACAGACGAAGACUCCUUCCAGAAGGUGAAGAACUGGGUGAAGGAGUUGAGGAAAAUGUUGGGCAACGAGAUUUGUUUAUGUAUAGUAGGUAAUAAGAUUGAUUUGGACAAAGACAGACAUGUUUCAGUGGAAGAGGCUGAGAGUUACGCGGAGUCGGUGGGAGCCAAACACUACCACACAUCAGCCAAGUUAAAUAAAGGCAUCGAGGAGCUCUUCCUGGAUCUCUGUAAAAGGAUGAUGGAAACGGCUCAGGCCGAGGAGAGGUUGAAGGGCAACGGAGCCAGCCAAUCAGCUUCGAGUAGGCGGGGCGUACAGAUCGUUGACGACGAACCACAGGCCACACCUGCCGGAGGGUGCUGCUCUUCUGGCUAACACACACACACACACACACACACACUUUUACACACACACACACACACACACACACACACACACACACACACACACACUCUGUCACAUACAUGCUUGCAGACAUUAUACUCACACACACAUUUAUCAGUGUCUCUGUCGUCCGGUGAGUCCGCUCUGAAAUAAUCUGCUGUGUUCAUUCAGCAACGCCUCUGCCGCUAAGGAGCAUGGGAAAUCAUAUUUAAAUGACUUUGUUCAGUGUACCCUUUCAAAGUAAAAGUAACUGAAGUCCUCAUGAUUGAAAUCAGUGCUUUUAGUUACAAAAUUCAAAAAAAAAAUCACAUUUUUAGCACUUUAUUCACUGUCAUUUCUUAUAAAAACAGACGAUAACUCGACAGUAAUCUGAAACAAAGCAGCGACUAAUAUCACAGAAACAUUGAAGGCCUCUUCCCCUCCCUCCUCCAGCUGCCUCUGUGUGUUUCAUACUAAAAAUUAUUAAUAAAACAGUUAAAAAUAAGUUUGAAGACACAAAAAAGCGGCUCAAGCUUCAGCAGAGAUUCGUUUAGUUUUUGUUUUUUGGGGGUGGGAGGGGCUCUUUAAUGGUUAAACAUGCAAUCCGCACACACAAAGACACACUGUACAAACCGCCAUUAAUCUUCAUGUUGAUCAGUUUGUGGUGUAACAGCAUCGCCUGCUGGACGAAAGUGGAACUGCAGGGAGACGAUGAACGUUAAAUCCCGGCCGCGGAGGUCUUCACAGGUCCUGAUGACUGAACUCUCCUGCUUCUUUAUUCAUUACUGACAUAUUUACUGUUGCUGCAGUGAACUCCUCCAGCUCAUGUUCCUCAUGUUGCAUUUAGUGCCAAAAUCUGCCCCCUGAAUUUCAUGAUUGACACCGGUGUCUGAUCAAUACACAUCCCAUAAACCCUUAAACAUCCCCUACAAUCAAACAUGGAGGUGCAGACGUUUGGACCUGUGAGGAACCAACAGCAGCUACAAACAGACUCCAGGUAGAGCUGCACAAAAAUCAUCAGAUAAAAGCUGCAGUCACUUGUUCCACAAACAAACUAUGAAUAAAAUCAUACUUCUCAUUGUUGAAGCCAAAUGUAAAAAAAAAAAAGUGAUUAUUUAAUAAA